AUGUGGAGAAGUAAUCGUUACUCUAAGAACUGGCCUGGUGCCCUUGGGUGUGCCAACCUCAGCCCGUCCUUGUGGAUACUAUGUUUUUGUUGGUGCUUCAUUGCAAUAAGAAGUCAGAACUACCACCCCACUGUGAACACUCAGUAUGGAAAGCUUCGGGGGGUGAGGGUUCCUCUGCCCAGUGAGAUCCUGGGGCCGGUCGACCAGUACUUGGGGGUUCCCUAUGCUGCUCCACCUGUUGGGGAGAAACGCUUUCUGCCUCCGGAGCCCCCUUCCUCAUGGUCAGGCAUCAAGAACGCUACACACUUUGCCCCCGUUUGCCCACAGAAUAUCCACAAUGCAGUGCCAGAUAUUAUGAUGCCAGUGUGGUUCACCUUCAACCUGGAUAUCGUCACCACCUUCAUACAAGACCAGCACGAGGAUUGUCUUUAUCUCAACAUCUAUGUUCCAACAGAAGAUGACAUCCGAGACACUGGAGCCAAGCCUGUGAUGGUCUACAUCCACGGGGGAUCCUACAUGGAGGGGACAGGCAACAUGAUCGAUGGGAGCGUGCUGGCCAGCUACGGAAAUGUCAUCGUUAUCACUCUCAACUACCGCGUCGGCGUCCUGGGUGCAGGCGUGCAGAGGAUGCUGGAGUGUUUUCCUUGCACGGAGCCAGGCUGA